UCAGACGCACAGACGCAUCCCACUGGCAGGAGUUGGAGGACACUCGCCCGUUUCGCUUUCACCGCUUGCUCUGAUCCCUUGUCUUCGUCUCCCGGCGGUGACAAGACCACCCGCACGGGAGGAAACGAAAGAAAGAUUCACUCCUUCUUUUGUAUAGACUGCUAAGAGUCAGAGAAAACUGUGCGGAAUCGGGACUGGACACUUUUUGGAGGGGAGAUUAUUUCUCGCAUGAGGCGAGCUGGAUCUGUUUUGUACAGCGGAGCGCACAUUGCUACGUCUCUUUCUCAAUGGAUUUCAAUACAGUGGAAAUACCCUGGGAAUUAAAGUACUGUUAAAUCGCUUUUAGUUCGCACAUUUCCUUCCAAUAAGGGUUUAUGUUUCACAUGGAGAGGAAGACGAUGUUCCUCCCAGCAUUGUAUGUCCUUCUGCCUCUUCUAGAUGUGCUGUCUUACGCCGAGGAGAACCUGCGUGCCAACCGGCUGGACUGUGUGAGGGCCAGUGAGCAGUGCCUGAAGGAGCAGACGUGCAGCACCAAGUACCGCACGAUGAGGCAGUGCGUGGCCGGCGGCAAGGAGAGCAACUUCAGCAUGGUGGCCGGCCUGGAGGCCAAGGACGAGUGCCGGAGCGCCAUGGACGCGCUCAAACAGAGCCCGCUGUACCACUGCCGGUGUAAACGGGGCAUGAAGAAAGAGAAGAACUGCCUGCGCAUUUACUGGGGCAUCUAUCAGACAUUACAAGGUAAUGACUUUUUGGAGGAUUCUCCGUAUGUGACCAUGAACAGCCGUCUCUCUGACAUCUUCCGCCUGGCUCCCAUCAUAGGUGAGCCUGCAGUGGCCAGAGAGAAUAACUGUCUGAAUGCAGCGAAGGCCUGCAACCUGAACGACACGUGCAAGAAGUACCGCUCUGCGUACAUCAGCCCCUGCACCAGCCGCGUUUCCACCGCUGAAGUCUGCAACAAGAGGAAGUGCCACAAGGCCCUGCGGCAGUUCUUUGACAAGGUUCCUCCGAAGCACAGCUACGGCAUGCUGUACUGCUCGUGCCCGAUUAGCGAUCAGACAGCUUGUUCUGAACGCAGGCGUCAGACCAUCGUCCCUGUCUGCUCAUACGAAGAAAAACAGAAACCCAACUGUCUUGAACUGCAGGCCUCCUGCAGGACCAACUACAUCUGCAAGUCACGACUGGCUGACUUCUUUGUCAACUGCCAGCCGGAGACUCGCUCGCUGUCGGGCUGUCUGAAGGAGAACUACGCAGACUGCCUCCUCUCAUAUUCGGGUCUGGUUGGUACCGUGAUGACUCCCAACUACCUGCGCUCACCCAAGAUCAGCGUGUCUCCCUUCUGCGACUGCAGCAACAGUGGCAACAACAAGGACGAUUGCGACAAGUUCACCGAGUUCUUCACCGAGAACACCUGCCUCCGUAAUGCCAUCCAGGCCUUUGGGAAUGGGACAGAUGUGGGAGUGUGGCAGCCGAUGUCCCCCGUCCAGACCACCACCUCCACCACCACCCCCUACCAGAAGAACCGCGAACGCAACCCCAACACCAUCGACAACAACAUCAACACAGACCCGGGCAUCUACCACUUCUGUGGCAGCCUACAGGCUCAGAAGUUAAAGUCAAACUCGAGUGUCGACGGCGUCUUCUGCGUGGACCCUCAGAUAGACGAUCCAAGUACAUCCAACUCCAUCCUGAGAAAUUCGGCUGUCUCCAGACGGCCCGCGGGCCCAGCCUCUCUGCUGCACCCGCUGCUGUGGCUGUGGUACUGCGGCCUGCUGGCGCUCUCCUCGCCGGGCGUCUUGUAGCCUCACCGCUUCACAGCAACAAACUGCAACGGACUGACAAACACACAUUUGUAUAAAAGAAAAAGCGAAACAAGAAAUGAUAUCCUUUCUUCUCAGUAAAACCUGUUGUACUUUUAUUUUUAUUUCUCUUUUGAUUCCUACUUUGUUUUAGUUUUUUUAUGAAUUGUGUUGUUUUACUGUUUGUUUUGCAUUGCAGCUGUGUGCUGAAGCGUUGAUCUGUACGUGUUGACUCAGUUUGGCUGUGUUCCCUUUAGGUUAGUUGAAAAAAAAAGGGAUCUAAAGCUUCCAUGUUGCUCUCUUGGGCAGAAAUGAGAAAUACUCGUGGACUACAUUCCAAUAAACCGCAGCCGGUGGCUCUUGGAAAGGUACACAAUGUAAAUUAGCAUCGAUUUUUUCACCCACGUCUGUUUGUGUGUCGAGGCUAUCGGUGGGAUCUUCUGCUCAAAAGUCACAGUCCGUUCAGUAACAGCUAUGUUUUAUCACUCGGGCAGCGUUUUAGGUGUUAUUCUCCUCUGUGGUUUGUGUUUGUUUUGAUAAUGACGUGAUCUGGUAUUUUACAUUUUUAUGAAAGUUCCACGUGGAUAUUUACCUGACAAAAAACCUAAUUCAGGGUGAACACCAAUAACCUGAAGCAUCAGAGAAGUUAGAACAACCGCGCCCAAACCGUCUUCACGGUAGCUCAUUCUGAACACACAUCGCCGCUGGCAUAAGCACACAGGCAAAGACCCACACACACACACUGCACAUGUUCACACAUUCAGACAAACAUACAGAAAUACACACACAGCGACCGGCUUUCUGCUCCCUUUAGUUUUUUUAAGACCUGGCACAACAGAGUGAAACUGCGAGGUCACUGGACAGCCGGUUCCAAGCUGCUGUGGAGAGCUGAAUCCGCUCAUUGUGAUUGUACAUACUUGUAAUUGUUAGAAAUCCAAACCAUGUUCAGUGUUUCUCUUUGGAAGGUGCCCGAAUUAAUCUUGUUUUCUCUUUUGUAUGUAUUUUGCUGCACUGCGUUGACGAAACAAGAGCUGAGGAAAAAAAAAAUAGGCUUAUUGUUAUAUGUAUUCAACGGUAACUCACACUUACAUUGCGACGAAGCUCAAAGCAUCUUUUCAGUUUCAGUUCAGUGUUUUUAAGACUUAUUGCCUGAAUUGUGAAACUGUCAACACGCGUUUUAGGGAGCGAGCGAUCACGUGAUGCUGACCUGUCGCUAACCCCACCGCCUGGCGAGCUUUGUGUUCUAGUGCACCAUGAUAACUGUGCACAGAUGAUAAUCAUUUAUAGAAUAAUUGGCGUUUGAUUUAAAAUAAAAUGAGAUAAAUCACACUAGCCUACGAGCUAAUACACAGAUUUCUCCAGGUCGACUUAUUUGAAAACAUAAACCCUGAAUAAAUCUUUUUGUUACACAUAACUUGUAACACCAAACAAUGUGUCUGCUCCAUGGCUUUGGAAGUAUCGCCAUGGUAAUACUGUAGCUACAAUGCUACUGUUUUUAGCUAGGUGUGCUAACAUUAGCAGCUAACAACUCAUAUUGUUUAAAGGAUUCCUGGAAAGGUUAAAAAAGCUCAUUGGAUGCAGACUGUGGCUCGUUUUAGGCUCAGCUGGACUGCGAAGCUGCUGUGUCUUUAAAUAGUUGCUCAAAUUUGAUUCAGCAAACAGUAAAUUCUGUCUUGUUUUUAAAGCGAUAAGUGCAACAUGUGCUUACUGUUUGUACAUCGUUUGCUCCUGCUGGGGAAAAUAAAAAGACGCACCAUCGGCAUCACGUUCAAACCUCAGAUUCAGACCCAUCUGUGUCCCUUCAACACGUGAUCCGGACGUUUACACUGAGGCAUGUUCAGUUACGUCAUCCGUUUGGACACUGACAGGAGCAUUAAUGACGCUGCUUGGGUUUAUGUAGCUUCUCAAAACAUGAUUAAUGUAUAGCAUAACUUAAAUGUUAUUUACCAAGCAUAAACAUGGUAUAUGCACUGUAUGUACUUGGCUGAAACUAUACAUUUGGACAAAUAAAUGUCUGAUAUUCUAUUCCAGAGCAUUGUGAGCUAUUUUGACAUUCAGAUACAACAUAGAGUACAUUGAAUAAACCAGAAUAUUGUUUUAUAGAACAACUUAUGUGUAUAUUUCUCCCAGUAUGUACAUGAUUAUGGAAUAUUAUUGCAUCUGAGAAAGAGGAUAUCAAUGUAACUCUCCUACUGUAGUUAUAUACUGUAUUGUUUUGUACCAUAGCCCCAUUUAUGAUGUUGCUUAAAUAUAGUAUUGGGUUUUUUGGCUAAGAUUUGAACUUAUUUUUCUAUCGUUUACUAAUGUUUGCUGUUUUCAUGAGUUGAAUGAGGUGGAACGAGCACAGACUCGUGUUUAAAUUGUAAUUAUUUUGGUUUUACUGCAUACUUAUGUUGACAAUAACUAAAAGUUGAGCAAGAAAGUGAAUUGUCAUUGCAUGGUGAUUGAGAAGGAAGACAUAUAUUAUAUACCAUACCAUUUAAGGAUUAUUUGAUGGUAUAUUUGACCAGAGGUGUGCGAGUGGGAACACUCACAGACUGAAUGUGUGCAGGGAACGUUACAGAGAAAUGUUAAGAGUUGCUACACGACAACAACUCUGACUGGGACUGAUUACAUUUCUCACAGUGUCUUACGGUACGUCUGAUCAUUUUAUAUUUGAAUCCCAGUGUCAUAUCUUCAUCGGCCCUGGAAUAAGGAAUUUAUAGAGGUGGCUCAGAACUGGGAUCACAUCCGCCUGAUGUAAGGGUCCCACUUUUGGACAAAAAAAAAGAUGUUAAAUAUGUUUGCUGUCCAUCUCUAAACCAUCUGUUGUUUCACAGACGCAGACUCCCUCAGCUACCUGGCAUCAUUAACUUCUUAGCUUGUGAAAAUGUAAAAUCUAUUGUACAAAAGUUAUGAUUAAAAACUGUUAAAUCACCCAGA